GCCGUUUAUUGAUAAAGUUGCUUUCACAAGUGCAGGUUGUGCCUUUCCGGGAUGAUUAAGUUACAAAGUUGUCUAAUAUGUUUAGUGGUUACCUUAUUGGGUGCCCAAGCUGCCCCAACCGAGCUGACCGGCGAAGGUUCCAACGGAGAUUCUGUCGCUCCAAAUCCGUAUCAGGAGUUAUUCCUCAAUGAAUACCGUUCGGCGUGUCUGCAAAUGAGCGGCUCAGAGGCGGGUUAUCUCAAAACGGUUUCCGCGUUCCGUCCGGCCACGAUGUGCUUCGUGGAGUCCGAAGGGGUGGCGGAAUUUAUGCUGGCAAUUAGGCAGAAUGGUUCGACCAAGGAGGCACGCACAGCUAUCAUCGAUCGAUAUUUUCCUGCGCUGAAUCGAUCAUUGGAAUGUUUUAACGACAUUGUUGAAGGUGCCGCCAUGUGCAGUGGUGAUGAUCUGAGUGUUUCAAAAGAGAUUUACUCAAAAAUGAUGACUAACUAUUUAGAACUUUUGUGCAAGGAUGGAGGACAGUUUGUUUUUGAUUUUCAAAAGGAAGAAGUUCAGUUGUGUGUUUCCAACAUCGUCAGACAGGCCGAUCAUUGUAAAAUGUACGACAACAUGUUCAAAAAGCCAAUUUCUCAGUUUAAGGAACGAGAAUGCAGAAUACUUAAGCAAUCAAAAAAGUGCCUAAAAGACCUGGCUGAUCGUUGCCAAGAAAUUAGCGUCAUGGACGUGUUUAAUGCAGCCUACAAUCCAAUAGAAGAAGCUUCUAAAUGCAACCAGUACGAUGAUGAUGAAGCUGACGAGGAAGAAGAAAAUGCAGUUUGAAGUAAAUCGCUUAGAAAUUCUAAAUAAAAUCAAUAAACCAAACUUCCACGAACAACUU